AUGAAGCCCAUAAUAGCUGUCCCUGGAGUCGCUGCGCUCAUCUAUAGAGCGUGGUCGCGGAACUCGCUGACUCCGGUUGGCAUCUUCGCGGCAUUUGUGACAGCCGUCAUUCAUACCUUGCAUCCUUGGAGCGUUUUCACGGUACUGCUUGCUGUCUUUUUCUUAGCCGGCAGUUCUGUCACCAAAGUCAAGCAUGACAUUAAAGCAAAGCUUACUCAGUCCGCAACGGGUGCAUCCGGUGGAGAAGGUGCGCGCAAUCAUAUCCAAGUGGUCGCAAACUCCGGUAUAGCUUCGGUUUUAAUACUGCUUCACCUCUGGCAGCUAAGGAAGGACGGACGAUAUGAAGAUGAGGGUCUCUGCUGGACAGGAAACAGUGAUGUAUUGGUAACAGGCAUCGUAGCAAACUACGCUGCAGUCGCUGCAGACACCUUUUCAUCUGAACUUGGAAUCUUGUCGAAAUCCAAGCCACGCCUAAUAACCGCUCCAUGGCGUAUCGUCCCGCCUGGCACAAAUGGCGGGGUGACCACGACGGGUCUUGGUGCGGGACUACUCGGCGCACUGUUAAUAUCCCUCAGUUCUACGAUGUUCAUGCCGUUUUGUAAAGACUGGAGCUUUGUUGAGAAGACAAAGUAUACUCUUGCAAUGUCAGCAGCUGGCUUCAGUGGAACACUCCUUGAUUCUCUUCUAGGAGCUCUCUUGCAGGCUAGCGUGGUUGAUGUACACUCGGGCAAGGUUGUUGAAGGUGAGGGAGGAAGAAAGGUGCUUGUACACAGCAAUGUCAGUGGUCGAUCGGAGGGCAAGGAUGGCAUUGCUAAGGCCAGCGGUACGGACGCGGCAGCAUCGAUCAAGGCUUCAAAAGCAAUGUUGAAGGCUGGAGCAAGUGGAGCGGUGGUUACAGACCCGCAGCAUGAGAGUAGGAAGAUUGAAGUUGGGAGUGAUUUACUGGACAAUAAUGCUGUCAACAUACUCAUGGCAGGCCUGGUGAGCUUAGGAGCUAUGUUGACUGCCAGGGCUAUGUAA